AUGGUUCAUCUUGCAUCUGUUGCUGCCAUCGGCCUGGCUACUCUGGCUAGCAUUGUGUCUGCUCACCCAGGACAUGAUGUCCGAGCUGAAGCUGCUGAGCGAGCUGCAUUCUUGAAACAUGCCCCUGUUCACUCUCGCAGCCUUGCGCAGUGUGCCUCUCGCCUUCAGCGUCGAGGCCACCAAAGCCGAAACGUUGCUCGUCGCGACAUGGCCGUGAAGAACAUACGUCGCCGCCUUGGUCUUCAUCCUACCAACCACCAUCUCAAGGCACGUAGCACUGGGAGCCCCCUGGAUACUUCUCAUCACUCCAACCUCACUGGAGUGGAUUUCACUACCGACCCCGAGGUGUUGUUUGGCGCUGAGGCCACCUGCAUCCUCGGACCUGAGGUCACUCAGGGGCCUUACUAUGUCACGGGUGAACUAGUUCGUCAAAACAUCGCUGAGUCCCAGGCUGGUGUUCCUCUCUACAUGGACAUCCAAUUGGUGGACACCAACACCUGCGAGCCUAUUCCGGAGAUCUACUUGGACAUGUGGCACUGCAAUUCGACCGGUGUCUACUCUGGAGUUGUCGCCAAUGGAAACGGCAACUCUGGCGAUGACGCUAACCUCGACGCGACCUUCAACCGAGGUGUCCAAAAGAGUAACAAGGAUGGUGUCGUCCAAUUCCUUUCGACCUUCCCAGGCCAUUACACUGGCCGUACAACUCACAUUCAUGUCCUCACUCACCCAGCCAACGAGACCAAGCUUCUCCCGAACGGAACCAUCUCCGGUCUGUAUACCACGCACUCGUCGCACGUCGGACAGAUUUUCUUCGACCAGGAUCUUAUCACCGCCGUUGAGGAAGUCGCCCCGUACUCAAGCAACACGCAGGAAUUGACCACCAAUGUCGAAGACUCAAUUCUUGGCGAAGAACUCGACACCAUUGACCCACUCAUGCAAUACGUCUAUCUGGGCGACGAUGUCUCCGAUGGAAUCUUCGCUUGGAUCACGGUUGGUAUCGACUCUACCCAGGACUCAACCGUUACCCCUGCGGCCUAUUACACCGAGGAUGGCGGUGUUGAGAAUGAGAACGGUGGUGGUCCCGGCGGCCCCGGUGGCCCCGGUGGCCCCCCUUAA